CCUCACCCAUCCACUCCCUCACACACUCACACCUCUUCCAGCCCCACUGCCUCCAUCAUGGCCACCUCUGCCCUGUCCGUCUGCUCCAGCGACCUGAGCUAUGACUGUCCAGAGAGCUGCUGUGAGCCCCCCUGCUGUGCCCCCAGCUGCUGCACCCCGGCCCCCCGCCUGACCCUCCUCUGCGCCCCAGUGAGCUGCAAGUCCAGCCCCUGCUGCCAGCCAGCCUGCAGCAGCUCCUGCCUGGCCUUGGGCUGCAAGCAGUCUAGCUGCCAGUCCUCCUGCUGUACCUCCUCCCCUUGCCAGCAGGCCUGCUGUGAGCCCGUCUGUUGCAGGCCCAUCUGCUGCAGGCCUGUCUGUUGCACACCUAUCUGUUGCACACCUGUCUGUUGCACACAUGUGUGCUAUGAAGCCUCCCCCUGUUCUACCUCCUCAUGUUGCCAGCAGUCCAGCUGCCAGCCCUCCUGCUGCACCUCCUCCCCCUGCCAGCAGGCCUGCUGCGAAUCUGUCUGCUGCAGGCCCGUCUGCUGCACUCCUGUCUGCCUCAGGCCCGUGUGCUGUGAGUCCUCCCCCUGCUCAGCCCCCUCCUCCUGCUGCAGACCCUCCUCCUCCGUGUCCCUCCUCUGCCGCCCCGUGUGCCGCCCCGCCUGCUGCAUCCCUGCCUCCUCCUGCCAGCCCAACUGCCGCCGCCUGGCCUCCUCCGUGUCCCUGCUCUGCCGCCCCGUCUGCCGCCCCGCCUGCUGUGUCCCCGCCUCGGCCCUGGAGCCCUGCUGCUGACCAGGCACAUCCCCCCAGGGCCAGCCAGGCACCAUAGGGCAACCCCCCACCACCAGCCUCAUGGCCGCCUUCACGGUUUCUCCAGGAGCUCUGAGCUACAUGGACACCCCCUCAUUCUCUCUGCCCAGGAGUGGGGUCUGCUCAAACUCCAGAUGACCGUGCCCGUGCCCACUGCCCACUCCUUCUGGGACCCAGUGCUCAGGCCUGGGGACCAGGUUUCACAAUCCAGGCCCCAGUGGUCUCACCUCAGAAGCUGCUUGAAAACGUAAUAAACUUGACUGCAUUU